AUGGCGAGUACGGUGGGCUCCAUCGCCGAGGAGCAACCUUCGACCCCAGACGCUCUUCCAUCUGAGAUCCCAUGCCACUUCACUCAGACGGCGACUGAAGGAGACUGUCCCCUCUUAUCGCCAGAAGACGCCAACAAAUCCCGAGGCAGCCUAUACGACCUGCACAAAGAACCAUGUGCAGUCGUCGUCGACGGAACCCUUGUUGUGGACGCCGCCCAGAUACCACCUCCACUUCCUGCAAAGCGAGAUGUGGAUAUCAGCCUGGUUCUUAACUCCUCUUUGCAUGGACUGACGGUCAGCUUUCGCAACCCUCGAAGCGUGGUCCUCAUCACACCAUCCAUAGCGCACAUCGAGAUUCAGAUGGUCCGGGAGAAAGAACUGGCGUCUUUUCAAGAUGUACUGGUAAGAGCUGGACAAGAUAAGCUUGCAGAGGUUGAUCGGCGUGGCGGUCUCGAGCCAUCCGCGGUACGCAUACUCUGUCGAAUGCGUGACACCAUGCGCCCGCACAUGCAAGAAGUGGAAUCCGUCGGCAAACCGAAUGCACAGGCGCUGAGCAUGGUGGCCAGUCAUCAAAUUGAAUUCAUUUGCGUUGUCGACCGCCCGCUGGCAAUUGCAGCCCUGGACUGGUUCAGUAAACUGCUAUCUAUGUCAGUUUCAGGCGGCACAACGUUCGCGCUAUACCGACGGCAGUACACCCAAAGCAUCAUGCUCGACUUUCGCCAAGUAAUGCUGCAAGACUUUGAGACAUCGGCCAAAGUGCCGUCCACGCUCAGUCACCUCCUCACCGGAGACUCACUUGAUAAGAUCCGAGAUCUUUCAAGCUCCCAAGUCAAAGGCCUGGAGACCUAUCUCAUCGCUCAUGCGUCAGACUACCUGAUGUUGCUCAUGAUUGCCAAUUUCCGUGAAUGGGAAGUUCGAACGUCGGGCUCAAAGAAGACGGCCAAACACAGGGGCUUGCCAUUUUUCAAGCAGCAACAAGUUCUGGCCACGCUUAGCACCAGCGAGAAUGUCGCCGGAAAGUUCGACAUCAUGCACUUGUUCAGGGAGGCAGGGACCGGCGCCGCUUAUACGUACAAUUUUGUUGCCCAGUCAGUACGAACUCAGCCGUCGGAUAACAUCUGGCGUGUACACUCCGACGCUACUGCACGCCAGAAUAUCGUUAUGGAGAUGCUUAGCAGAGCAUCUCUGGGCAAGGAGCUAUCUGUGGCUGUCCACGGAAGCCUUCGACAGAUGGUUGAAGGAUUCCUUCUGCUUAGUGGCGGGCCUGGUACCGGCAAAUCGCUGUGUCUCUGUGUGAUGGCCGCUACAAGCAUUCUCUAUGGCUCAACAGCUACAGUUUCUGCGGAAACAGACCGAAAUGUCGACGAACUUUUCGGCAUAGUCGCCUCCGUGCUCAGCACCAUCGAGUCGGCAACGAAGCCGACACUCGUCCGUCGAUUAUCCAGUCCCGACGAAAAGAAGAUCCGCGAGUCGUUAUGGGCUGUAGGUGCGGAUGACCUGCAUUUCCUGCCAGACCACGCCCCCGACACAGCAAGUUUAGAGUCCGGCAUUUACAACGCAUCUCUCGCCAAGCAAGCGUGGCACAAUGCUUGGAAGGCAGAUGAUAGCUCGCCUGAAUGUCUAAAGCUUUACAAGAUGGCGUUGGAAGAUCUAAAGGAGCACUGCUGUGAUGUUGGUGAUCCUAUCGAAGCAAAGAAACAGCAACGAGAGCUUUGGAACAAAGCAAGGGCGGUGGCGCAAGAUGCGGAAACCUACAUUCUGGAAACGUGCAGCGUGGUCUUCGCGAGCGUGGACACCUUGGCCACCCUCUUUGACAAGGGCUAUCGUGGCGGGGAGAUUCUCCUGGUUGAUCAAGUCUCGCGCUUGACCAUGCCGCAGCUCCUCUCGAUCUUUUCGCCUUGCUCUCAGUAUGACCGUGUUGUGCUGGCGGGUGAUCCCGACCAAAUCAUGCCACACCCGCGCUCCAGGGCAAUGGAUCGGAACGAGGCAGGCCAAUUGUUCUCGGAGUCCAUCUUCAACUCGCGCUUCGCCAGGUUCGUGGACGGUCAAGUCCUGACAUUAAACCAAAAUCACCGCAACACCGAACUUAUGGUCAAGUUGCUGAAUGUGCUGAAUUCCGGGCGACCCUUCAAGUCACCCCUGGUCUCCGCUCAGCCUCAGCAGACCCAUCCAUUUGCCGCAUCUGCCCGAACGUCUCGCAUCGGCAUGAGCGAAGGCUCACCAGCUCUGGCGAGACUCUCGAAAUGGGAUUUUGAGAAUAAGUCGGUGAUGUUCGUCAACGUCAAGGCAGACCCAGAUGUUGCCAACAGACACAACCCGGAAGCGGUCGCCGCUUUCUUACAAUCCGCCGAUUUCUUCACCAACACUCUAUGCAUCGACGAACGAACCAUUUCGUUCAUGAGCAUGCAUAGCCAUGUCGUCUCAGAAAUGGUGUCAGAGCUUGAUGACCACGACUCCAACAUUUCCACCUACGCAGUCGACUUGUCUCACAACCACACUAACGCCAUCGUCUGGAUUGAUCUCGGCGUUAUCAAUAGCGAUAAUGUCUACUUCGCCACAGACCUUAAGCGUCUGAUUCUCGCCGCGUCAAGAGCCUCGGUGCUUCUCAUUUUCUGCGGGGACCUGAAGGCUUUGCAGAACCUCCCUACACUCCAAAACAACGCUAGACUGGCUCCUCUGCGGAGGUUGAUCAGGUUUUUCGAGGACGAGGGUCUUAUCUUCCAAUGGGAAAAGGCAUCGAGGAAGCGAGGCAAGGCUACGAAACGUAAGCGAGAGAACGAUACCGUCAGCUCGCAGUACCCAGCAGAAACGAGGAAGAAGGUCAAGUACGAGGAUGACGAUAGCUCGCAGCGCCCAGCAGCAGUGAUGAAGAGGAAGGCGAAGGAUGAGGACGAGGACGAGGACGAAGGCUCACCGCACCAACCACAUGUAGUGAAAAAGGCCAAGCACGAAGAGGAUGGCUCACGGCAUUGGGCAGAAGCGAUGGAGGAAGACGCCGCGCAAGAGGAGGACGACGGCUGGCAUGCCCCAGUGCAAGCGAAGAAGAAGAAGAAGAAAGCCAAGCGCUGGUAUAGCUAUCAGGAUCCCGACGCUCCCCCGUACGAACAUGUCGACCGGGGGUCCAGCAGCGAAGACCGUACCACAGACGACGGGCUUCCUGCGGAGAAGCGCUGUGCACAUAGCCUAGAUGCUUCCAGCGAUGCCCUGGACUAUGCUUGA